CGCCGCGCCGUUUGCUCCACAGGCUCACAGGCUCCUAGGGCCUCGAGGACAGGCCAAAAGUUCCAGCGCCUGUUCGCUACCUGACGGACUCUCUCCCCGUCCACAAUCCCUACCAUCUGUGCCGUGCCUUACAUUCGUCACUUGUUCCAUACAUCAGUCCGUGCCUUGGACCUGACAAGCAAACAAACUCAAUUGCGAUUACGUCUCAUAUAAUAUUCUUCGCUUAUUCUCCGACAACCCGCGCUGCUGCCGGCGCGUUGUACUUGGUCAAAUAUAUUGUUUUUCAGGUCUCGCAAAAGAAACAUAAGGGAAAGCAAAAGAAAUGGCUGCAGACGCUGCAGAUGCGGGGGAAAAGAUCUCCAUCGUUGUCGAAUUCUCCGGCGGCCUGGAGAUGCUCUUCUCUGAUCAGCGGCGCCAUGCCCUCUCCAUCCCGGCAGUGAACAAGGACGGCAAGCCCGCAACGAUUGCUUUUCUCAUCGACUAUCUCUGCGAGAACACGAUGAAGGAUUCGAGGAAGGAUCUUUUCGUCCUCGAUGGUCACCUUCGACCUGGUAUCCUUGCUCUUAUCAACGACGCAGACUGGGAACUCGAGGGGGAGGAGGCGUACGAGGUUCAAAGUGGUGACAACAUCCUUUUCGUCUCGACGCUCCAUGGAGGUUAGAGAGAGACUGAGAGACUGAGAAGGGGGAGGGGGCGUGGGCGAUAUUCGAGCCAAUGGCACAUCGACCUGCUUGGGCCCUGCAAGUGGUUGCGGCCGUAUCUUUGGGUACCUGGAACUGGUAAGAUGCAUCCCCGGGGAUGCGGCGCGGAUAGAACGACGUUGAAACUUAGACGCCCUCCCCCACCCCAUUUCUCCACUCUCUUCUUGCAGCCGCAUCGCAUCGCAUUUGCCUCGACUAGUCUGCGGCCGUAGCCGUCAACUCGGCCGACGGGGGGACGCACGCCGUGCUUCCGACCGCUGAGUCUCUUCUUCUCUCUGAGCCUGUGUGCUCUGCGUGCUACAUAUACACCAUAGCCCUACGUCCGUUGCCAUGCCGCCAGCAACGCGAUGAAACGCCCCGGCAGAUACCUCCCCUGGUCCCCGCGACCCUGCAACUACCAACGCCUUGCCUGCCACAUGUCUCUUAGUCGCAUCGUGGCGGCUGCUUCUUCACCCCUCGUGUCCCCCUUGCUUCUUCGCUCUCUAGGAAACCCCGAUUGCCCUCGUAUCGU